AUGGCUGCCAAGCGGCUUGUCGUUGCUGGAGGAAGUGGUUUCCUAGGUUCCAGGAUCUGCAAAUCUGCAGCUGCACGAGGCUGUGUGUCCUUCAGUCGAUCCGGAGAACCGCGGUGGGAUGCCGUGACAGACUCCUCUGAUCGUCCUAGCUGGGCGAGCUCCGUGGAAUGGGCCAAGGCCGAUCUCUUGAAGCCAGAGAGCUACAAGCCUUUCUUGACCAAUGCUUCAGCUGUUGUACACUCUAUGGGGAUUUUGUUGGAAGCCGACUACAAGGGCGUUGUACAAGGAAGAGAGCCGAUUGUCAGUGGGCUCCAGCGCGCAUUUAGCUCGUCGAAGCUGGGCAGCCAGAACCCUCUCACACGGCAUGAGGGCGAGCCGCUGGAACCCAAGGAAAAGGAUGGCCAGUUAACUUAUGAAUUAAUGAAUAGGGAUUCCGGUAUGUUCCAGUCCAACUGUUGUGAUUUAUUUCUAGACACUCGAAAGCUGACCCAUUGUUAUUGGCGGAACUUAGCCAUCGCAUUGGCCCAAGAAUCCUCGAGCGAGCAUGUCCCGGCAUUUGUAUACAUCUCCGCCGCGGCGGGUGCACCCGUCCUUCCAGCCAGGUAUAUCACCACCAAACGAGAGGCCGAGGCCACCAUAACCUCCACCCUUCCUGCGCUGCGGAGUAUCUUUAUUCGCCCAGGGUUUAUGUAUGACAACAGCCGAAAGUUCACGCUGCCCAUUGCGCUGGGUGGAUUUGUCGCCUCGGAGUUCAACACUUUGCUAGGAAAUAAACUUGGCUUCCUCGGGUCUAUGGCCGAAAAACCACUCAAAGUCGAUGUGGUGGGUGAAGCGGUGGUUGAGGCCCUGGAGGACGAGUCGACCAAAGGUGCUGUGGGAACAAAGCAGAUUGAAGCGCUGGCAACAAAAGCCUGGAGAAAAUCAAUGCUUUAA